UGAUUGGUUGAACUACUUCCUGUUUCCCGUCGUCCAUACAUACACGUGAAGGUCAGCAAUAGAGCCAUAAGGAAUUGCUAAUUAGAAAAAUAUUGCUCUUAGGACCUGUUUUUAGCUAAAUAUGGACGGCCAGGGAGCGACAGCCGACCCGCAGCUUCAGCACUUCAUCGAAAUCGAGUCUCAAAAACAGAGAUUUCAGCAGCUGGUGCAUCAAAUGACUGAGGUUUGCUGGGAGAAAUGUAUGGAUAAACCCGGGCCAAAGCUGGACUCAAGGACAGAAGUGUGUUUCGUUAACUGUGUGGAGCGAUUUAUUGACACCAGCCAGUUCAUCCUAAACAGACUGGAACAGACUCAGAGGAGCAGGGGCUCAUUCUCUGAGACCAUGUCAGACUAAAAACUGUCACUGAAAGGACUGACAAGACACAUGCAACGCGGCCCCUACUCUGUGACGAGGCCGUGUGGUCCUGACGCAGCUGUUUGUAUGUUGCAGAACUGUCCCUUCAAAUGGAAAAAGGAACAACAAUAAGUGUUACUUUUGAUACAAGUGCCUGAGAUUAACAUCAUGUAUGGACUCAUGCAGAAGUCUAUGGGGUUUUUUGUCCUCCACUUAACAGGAUAUGAGUGUUGCAAAGCGUUUAGAUUGUGAUCUGUUGCUGUAGCACUGACCUUAUGUUGGUUUUGUUUGUCAAGUCAGUUCAUUGGUCAAACUGAGCUUAAAUAUGUUAAUAUCCACCACUUUAACUAGUGGGUUAAGUGUGGGAGAUGAUGUAUCCGGGACAUUCGGCUUGCCAGCUGUUUUUGACAGCCACAAGGAUUCACCAUACACUCUGCUGUAAUUUAAGAGAACUAACAUUGUCUUGACUGAAGUGGCGUAAGGUUCUGGACUGUACAUAUGCAAUAAACAAAAUGCCAAAUAA